AGGCCAUAAAAGUAAAGAAAGAAUUAUCUUAACAAGCACAAAAUUAGGGAAAAUAGUACAGAAAUGUUUUGGUCAGAUCACAGUUGUUCUUAAUCUGUCCUGCCUGGAUAAAUACAUGUUAAAUAAUAAAAAAGAAAAAUAUACGGCUACAGACAUAAAGACAUUCUGCCAUCCAUGAUGUUUAUAAUUUGUUGCCAUAAACUCUGAAUUAUUUGCAAAAGUGACGGGUGACUAGGGUUUUUUUUUCUUCAUUUGUUUGUUUUUUUGUCAAACAUGCAUAAUUAUCCUAAAAUGGCUAACUAGGGAAUUAUAAAUUAUUUUUAAGGAGAGAGCUGUUUUAAAAAGGAAAAACGAUGCAGGAUUUGAAAAACUAACCACGAAAUCGUGGAAAAUUUCUGUUGGAUGGAAAAAACAUUUCAGUUGAGCUUUUUCACAGAACUCAAGUUUAGUGUAAAUUUCUAUAAAUAUACUACCUAUAGACCUAAAACAAACAUUUCACUAAAAUAUUUAGCCAGCCUUUUGGUUCAAGGAGCCAACACUGCAUUGAAUAAACAUUGAAUUUGACAUAAUCUGGGAAUUAUUUAAUACAUGGCAAAAUAAUUAAAAUUGGGCUGCAUUGACCAAAAUAAUUGAGGUUUAAAAAAAAAAACGUUUAUGUAGGGUUGUAAAAUUACAAUAUAUUUUUGUCAGUCCGUCAUUUGGUUUUUAUUUUAUUUUUUGUACUAAAUAUGUUUAUAAUACUUUUGAAGCAGGAAGACGGACAGCCUCAUACAUACCACGUACAUGUAUGGCGCAAAAAAAAAAAAAAAACGUGUGGCGCCAAAACACAUGUAUACAUAGGAAGACGGUGAACAUACUAUCCAAUAGCAAGUGUUCCUACUAGAAAGCAGAAAACUAUCCAAUGAAUAUGCACCAUGGUUUGAGUGACAGUUGUUUUAGCCAAUCAAUUUCAUCAGGCGACAAUCCUCUUGUGGGCGUGGCUAUCUUUAGCAUGUGUGGUAGUUAUGUUUAUGAUUUUGAAGAAAAGCACAGAAAGAAAUGGAUGCUACCCAGGCUAUCUGUGACUCGAUACUGGAGUCAGAUGAUGAAGAAAAAGAGGAAAAACAAAGUGAGGAAGAGCGACCAGUGGCCAAACUGUGCAUCUUGAAAAAUCCACACAUCCCUGAAGCUGAGCUGCCCCUCACUUUUGGAGAUAAUAUUCUGGGACGUGACCACAACACCUGCUCUGUGCCUUUGGCCGCCCCCUCAGUGUCCAAGCAGCAUGCCACCAUUUCUGUCUCUGCCUACCGGAGGAAAGGUUGCCAGGGUGAAAUGGACAUGGAAGUUUUGGUUUGGGAUCUCGGGAGCAUGAAUGGGACCCGUAAAGGGCGCUUAAAGCUGACCCCCCAUGUUCGCUAUGCUCUCACUGAAGGAGACAGCUUGGUGGUAGCUGACAUCCCAUGUCAGUAUGUUAGUUGUUCUGCAGAGUCAACCUCUUCUCUGAAUGACACGAGAACCCCAGAGAGCAGAAAAUCCAAAGGAAAGGCUGAGCUAUACAGCCCUUCAGGAGAAAAAAGGGGCACCACAAGCGGGGGUAGCAAGGACUGUGUCAAUGGAGGUGCAAACACUAGGGUGUCGUUUGGGAGGACUCCUGUCAGAGGUCCUUCUUGCCUUUCUUUUGAGCAAACUCCAACUCAGCCUGAAGGGACUUUGGUUCCAGAAUCGGAUUCAGAUACAGAUGAUGAGAAAGAGAGAGGAGGCCACAGAAAAUUGACACAUUUGGCCUCUGAUUCGGAUUCUCACAAACAGAGUUUCAACUCUUCAACAUUUUUAAGCCCCGCAAGCAAGAUCGUCCCUGAAAGUGAAGAUGAAAGUCCCUGCACACCGUCCUCCUUCAGAUAUGACAGCCGACAGCACUCAGAGAUGAAAAGGUCACCUGUAAUUUCUGAAGAAGACCAUAGGUCCGCACGACAGGGGACCACUUCUGAGGAAGGUGAACGACAUGACAGCAGUAAAGGAGCUGAACUGUCUGUAUCUACACCUGAACUCUCCAGAGAUCCCAUCCCUGCUUUUAGCUUGGACAAUGAUGUGGAGGAAGGGGCUUCAUCUAAAGAACCUCAGUGCUCAAAUACAAACAAAGAAAUUGGUCAGCCACCAAACACAGAUUUGUUUUGUAUCGAUAGUGAUACAGAUGUCGACGAGGAUCAAGAUGCUGCAGCUAAUGCUCCUGAUUUAUCCUCUGGUGACUCUUCUAAACCCCCACUGGCUGCUUUAGCUAUUCAGCCUGAAGGAGACACCAGUGACACUGAUGUUGAUGAUGCUGUGUCAGAAACUGCCGCUGCAUCGUUUCAGACCGCGCACACAGCUGACUCUGAAUUUUUGGCGCAGGCCAGAGAUUUCCACUUGGACAGUGACACAGAUGUUGAUGAAGAGGAGGGGUGUGACACCGAAACGAAAAAAUCCUCUACCCCACCAGAUAUGAAGCCUGAAUCUGCCCCUCACACCCUGGAAGUAAAAACUGACACGGCAAAUAAAGAAGCCGUCUUUAACUCUGAUGUCGCUGAACCUUCAGUUGCUACUGUUGUUACACCAGCUUGCACCGCCGCAGAUGCAGGAACCCAUUUGGAUAUUCUGUCCGACAGCGACACAGAUGUGGACGAAUCGUCUGCAACGGCAUCUGGUGUUGUCACAAACUCAUCAGCACCCAAGGAAUCUGGUAUCAAGGAAGCUCUUCAGUCAGAUUCGGAUGCAGACACGGAUAUGGAUGAAAGCAGCGUGUCAAAUGCUGGGAAAAGGGUCGAGCCUGCUGACCUCGAAGCAGACAGUGAUGCAGAUAUAAAGGGCGAAGAAGCAGAAGAGAACCUCAUUCCAGACCUGCAGAGAGAAAACACCCCCGGGUUGCAGCUCCCUCUUCUGCACAACUGCUCCACUCCUGUCCAGAUAUCAGCUGUUGCAUCUUCUGCUGUGAGGCCUGUCGCUCACUCCCCCUGCUCAGACAGCCAGGAGGAGGAGGACCUGGAGGUAGCUGAGACCCAGUUCUUUGGCCACCAGCCAGGGAUUGGUCAGUCCUCUGCUAGCAAAGCAGACAAGCGGUCAAGCAGAGGAGACUCCUUCCAGCUCGAUCUGUCUGACAGCGGCCAUCUGCAAAGUCAGGGCCGAGCUGGAACCACGGAAAGCACACAAGCUUUCGUCUUCACGGAAGGAGCCCCGAAUAUGGAAGACACCCAGGUGUAUGCAGCUGUUACUGCAGGUGAUGAGUCAAACAUGGAGGCCACGCAGGUCUAUGGAGAUGAAGAGGAGCCUGCUCAGUGCUCAGAAGUGCCUGGAAAAACGGAUUUAGCCUUUGAAGCAACACAAGCUUACAUUUCGGAACCAUCCCACAUUUCAGCUGGAGCAACUUUAUCUAAUAUCGCAGAGGCUGAAACCCAGCUAAUGCCCUCCUCUGUGAAAGAGAGGAGUUUGGAAAAAAAUAACCUGGCUUGUUCUUCACCAGAACCAACAUCGAGAACAGGAAAUGAAAAAGAGAGGAGAGAGCAUGUGGAAGCUGCUUGUAUGUCUGUAGCUGAAACUCAGCCCAUGUGUACAAGUGAGUACGAAGAGAGGGAAGAUGAGCUGCUGCUUCCAGCUGUGCAGAAAAGACGAGGAAUGUCGAUUCCUCCAUAUUCUUCCUCGUUAUCACUUUCUGAAACUCAGCCUUUGGCUGCUGAUGACAAUCGGGAAAGUGAUGAAUAUUUUAGGGCUCAAAGAAGUGAAGCAAAGCAGCAACUUUCUGACACAGAUGAAACUCAAAGACUCACAGACACUCAAGUUUCCUCAACAACUGAGACCCAGCUAUACUCUGUAAACGAGGAUGAUGAUGAUGCAGACUCAGCACCAGGACUGCAAAGAAGAAAAACAAAACCUCUACAACUGGAUGAAUCCCCCAAUGUUGAAACACACGACAGUGAGCUUAGUGACGAAGAAGACUCAAUUCCCUGCUUUCGCAAACAUAAAGCAAAGCCGCUGCAGUCGGAGGAGGAGAGCACUCAGCCUCUCGUUAGUUCUGAAGCUUCUGCCGUUGACUCUUUGUCAGGAGGGACUGAAUUAGACCAGGAAGGUGAUAAUGAGGACUCGGCGCCUGCUCUACGAAAACGGAAAGCAAAGGAGCUUCAUAGUGAAGAAGAAAAAGAGACGCAACCGCUCACCAACUCUGAAGGAUCAUGCCUCUCUGAGACCCAGCCAGCUGCUGCAGCUGAGGACGACAGCGAGGACUUUAUACCAGGACUGCGAAGAAGAAAAGCAAAACCUCUGCAAUUUGAAGAUGAAUCCCAGUCCCUCCCUGCGUCUCAGGCCUCUGCGGUUGAAACUCAGCCCAUGGUGAUGUGUGAAGACACAGUUAGGGCUGAUGGGAGCUCAAUUUCAGGUCCAAAGAAAAAAAAGACAAAGCAGCUUCAUCUGGAGGAUAAUUCUGAAGAUUCUGAGGUUAAAGCUUCUUUAGCAUCAACUUAUGGAGGCCAAGUCAUAGAUACAGAAGAUGUGAAGCUAGUAUUAAGAGAAAAUGCCGAGUCUUCAGUUACACAGACAAGUGGAUACCAAACUCCCACAGGUGAAAGAAGUAGAGUGAAUUCUGCUGACUGUAAAACUGAGGAAGAUGAGACGCAUGCUGAGCAGAUGAGAGGAAGAAAAACUGCGAGGCAGCAGGAAAAUGAGGAUGAAGAACAGAUAAAGAAGAGCGCCGAGCAAAAGAACCUGCAAGAGGAGAUGGAUGCUAAAGAGAUGAGAAAAGAAGAUGAAAAGGGGGAGACGGGUGACUUGAGAAUGGAAGCGGAGGAGAUAGAAAACCACCAGAAAAAUGAGGACAUUAAAAAUGAAGGUGCAGAGAAACCGAAUCUAGAAAUAGAACCUCAAGAUGAAGCUGAAAAGAAGGAAGAACAAGAACACCAAGCAAGAGGAAAAAGAAAUAAGCCCAUUCAAGAAAAAACUUCAAAAGCUUUAGAAGAGAGUAGAGAUGAAGGUGCUGAGCUUAAAGCUCCUCCAAGAGGUCGCAAGACAACUAGAAGAACUGUCACAGCGGAACAACAAGACUCAACUUUAUCAAACAGUGACGACUUCCCAGCGAGGAGAACCAGAUCCCGCUCAAACUCCUCCAACUCUGUCUGCUCAGAUAAGUCCAUUUCAAGUCUCGUCACCCAAGAGGGCAAAGAAAGAGGCCGAGGAAGGGGGGCGAGGGGAAGCCAGGAGGCAGCCGCCGUCGGAAACAGAAGCAGCCGAAGGAUCACCGCGGGGCAGAUGGAGCAGCCCCUUUCCAGAUCUGACUCCAUCAACUCUGAGAGGUCCAGCGUGAGUUCUCUAAACAGAGGAAGAGGAGGUAGGCAGCGAGGGAGAGGAAGGAGAACCGAGCCUGAACCGGAAAUCACAGCUCCCACCGUGAACAAGAGGUGCAGCAGACGCAGCAAAGCUCAGGAAUCCUCGAGCCAGCUUCGCCACGAGUGUGAUGAAGACGGAGCAGGCUCUCAACAAGCGGGUACCAGUAGGGGGCAGCAACAAGCCAAUGCUGCUGAAUCGGAGCCUGCAGACUUCAUAGAUGAAAGGCAAUCAAAUCAAGAGGAAGCUAUCCUUGAAAAAUCACCCGCACCCAAAAGAAACGUCAGAGGCAGAGGUCAAAAAACAGCAAAGACCGAAACUUUGGAGAAGGCAGGAGCCUCUGCAAUCAGUGAUGGGAAAGAGGUCAGAAACAAAAGAAAAGGACAGAAAAGUGAAGUGGAGGCAAAUACAGAAGAGAAACCUCCAAAAGUUUCCAAAGGGAAUGUUGAAACUCAAAAAAACAAAAUAUGUGCAGACAGAGGGAAUGAUGCGAUUCCUGAAGUGAUUCCUGCCGGUGACCAUGUGAGGAGAACUGGAAGAGCAUCCCGCACUCUCGAGAAGAAAAAUACACAAGAAUCUUUGCUUGAAGGGGAAAGGAAAGGUGCCGAAGAGGUGGAAGUGGAAACCAGCAAGAGGAGAGCUGGAGGUCGGAGAUCAGCGAUUCAAGCAAACAGGAACGAGGUGCCGGGAGACGGAACAGCAUCAGAAGCAAAGCAGGAGGAAAAUGUGGCAACAUCACAGCUGGAGCAGCCCCAGACUCCAAAAAGUCGUCCCUCUCGAAAGCGGCAGGCGUCUGCAGACUCCCCCUCUCUGGCAAAGACUCCCCGCUCCUCGUCUGGCUCCCCGGCGACGAGUGAACGGCGGCGAGCUGGAAGCCAGGCCUACAAGGUGCUGUUCACGGGGGUGAUGGAUGACGCCGGGGAGCGGGUGCUGGCUCGUCUUGGGGGCAGCUUGGCCAAAGGCGUGGCAGACAUGAACUGUCUGGUGACAGAUAAAGUGCGAAGGACGGUCAAGUUCCUCUGCGCCUUGGCGAAAGGUGUUCCUGUCGUCACCACGGAAUGGCUGGAAAAGAGUGGGAAAGCUGGAACGUUCCUUUCUACGGCUAAUUUUCUGGUGAAGGAUCCCGAACAGGAGGCGAAGUUCAGCUUCUGUCUGGAGGAGUCUCUGAAGGCAGCAGGCCGUCAGCCUCUCCUACAGGGAUACAAGAUCCACGUGACAAAGUCUGUGAAGCCAGAGCCACCUCACAUGAAAGACAUCAUUUCCUCCAGCGGAGCCACUUUUCUACCAAAGAUGCCAACGUCCCAUAAGCCUCAGACUGUAGUGAUUUCCUGCGAGGAGGACUGGCAGCUGUGUGGCCCCGCUGUGUCUGCGUCCCUCCCCAUCGUCACUGCAGAGUUCAUUCUCACAGGGAUCCUGCAGCAGAAACUUGAUUUCCAGACCCACGUGCUCUCUCCUCCUGCAGGGGGCAGAGGAAGAGGCAAGAGGAAGACUUAGGGUCUCUUAAUGAAUAAGAGGUUCGCCAUCAUGUAUGAAUUAAAGUUAAAGACCUGUAGGAGUGAA